GCUCAAACAAUUCCUCGACCGUUUUUCUCUCUGCUAGCCUACUGCAACACAAACACUUGUCUUGUCUAUGUUUUGCUCCAAAAAACGCAGAGAUUAUGGAGUUCAAGAAGUCCCUCUUUUGCCCUAAUUCUCCCUUUGUAUGGGAGGGGAACACAUUCUCGGAGUGUUUUGAUAAUUUAGUUCCAGGAUUCAGUGCGAACGUGGUGACCAUUGUUAUAAUUUUGGUGCUUGCAAUUACUCGAAGCAAUGCCAGUCGAGUUCCCAGGAUAAGUUGUACAGAAAAGACUGUUUUUCGUUUUCUUCCUUUCCUGGGAGCAUUUGUCUCAUUUAUGGACUUGAUUUUGCUUGUGAAUAAAGAACUUCAUGGAAACUUUAUUGCAUAUCAUGAGUGGCUUUUCAGAAGUUCUCAAUUGAUAGUCUGGACAGUUAUCAUAAUAUCAUCUAUGUGUGCCUGCUUACAUGAUGUUUUUUGCAACCGGUUCCUAUGUUUCUGGUGGAUCAUGAAAUCACUAUUAGGAAUCCUUCAUCUGCAUAGAGCAUUUGGUUCAAUGGAGGUCGUGAAAUGCCUUAAAGACAGUUGUGUUGUUUUGUUAGAUGUCAUGUUUGGCAUAUCCAUCAACAUUAUCAGGAUAAAACGGGCAUCUCCCAAGAGCAGUUCAAUGGAAGAUCCACUUCUUUCUGUGGACACAGACAUCGAGGAGGGUUUUCAUGGAGACUCUGGAAAUGCUAAGAGCUAUUGGGAUCACAUGACAUUCAGAACUAUCACUUCUGUGAUGAAUCAUGGAGUCAUAAAGCAGCUUGGAUUUGAUGAUUUACUUUCGCUACCUAAUGACAUGGAGCCUUCUACCUGUCAUGAUAAAUUGUCAAGCUGCUGGAGAGUUCAGCUGAGCAGUCCUAACCCUUUCUUCUUUAAAGCAAUCUUUUGUGCAUACGGAUGGCCGUAUCUUUGUCUUGGUCUGCUUAAGGUGUUCAAUGACUUUAUUGGUUUUGCGGGACCCCUGCUUCUUAAUAAGCUCAUUCGGUUUCUUCAGCAAGAUUCUAUGCGAUGGGACGGCUAUCUUCUUGCAUUAUCUUUGGGCCUCACCUCUAUCUUAAAAUCCUUUUUUGAUACACAAUACUCGUUUCAUCUUGGAAAAUUGAAGCUAAAGCUACGAUCUAGUAUCAUGACUGUAAUUUAUCAGAAGGUCCUAUGCGUUACCCAAUCAGAGCGAUCGAAAUUUUCUGAGGGGGAAAUACAGACAUUUAUGUCAAUAGAUGCUGAUCGAACUGUCAACUUGUGUAACAGUUUCCAUGAUAUGUGGAGCUUGCCUUUGCAAAUUGGAGUGGCACUGUAUCUUUUGUAUACACAAGUCAAGUUUGCCUUUCUUUCUGGACUGGCCAUAACCAUCCUUUUGAUACCAGUGAAUAAAUGGAUUUCUGAAUUGAUUGCAAGUGCUACUGAGAAAAUGAUGAAGCAAAAAGAUGAGAGGAUUAGGAGGACAGGAGAAAUCUUGACCCAUAUUCGAACUUUAAAGAUGUAUGGUUGGGAGCAUCUUUUCUCUAGCUGGCUGAUGGAGACUAGAUCCUCAGAAGUCAAGCACUUAGCUACACGAAAAUAUUUGGAUGCCUGGUGUGUAUUCUUUUGGGCCACAACACCAACUCUUUUCUCCGUAUUCACUUUUGGACUUUUUACUUUGAUGGGGCAUCAACUUGAUGCUGCAACGGUCUUCACUUGUCUGGCUCUGUUUAAUAAUUUGAUCUCUCCUCUUAAUUCAUUCCCAUGGGUCAUUAAUGGAUUAAUUGAUGCCUUUAUAUCAACUAGACGGUUGAGCAGGUUCCUCUGCUGUUCAGAAUACAAACAUGUACUGAAAUGCAAAGCUGAGUGUGAAGAUAUGGCUGUCAUAGUGGAUGAUGCUUCUUGUACUUGGUCAAGCAGUGAAGAAAAGCAACCAAACCUGGUGUUGAAUCAUGUGAAUCUGUGCCUUUCAAAGGGUUCAUUGGUUGCGAUAAUUGGAGAGGUUGGUUCAGGUAAAUCAUCCUUGUUAAGUGCAAUACUAGGAGAAAUGACGCUCAUCCAUGGAUUAGUUCAUUCAAGUGGAUCUGUAGCAUAUGUACCACAGGUUCCGUGGAUUAUGUCUGGAACAAUACGUGACAAUAUUUUGUUUGGGAAAAAUUAUGAUUCAAGAAGAUAUUCAGAUACAAUCCGGGCCUGUGCAUUAGAUGUUGAUAUUUCACUAAUGGCUGGAGGUGACAUGGCUCAUAUUGGAUCUAAAGGAAUUAACUUAUCUGGUGGACAGAGAGCUCGUCUUGCUUUGGCAAGGGCCAUUUAUCAAGGGUUGGACACAUAUAUGCUUGAUGAUGUGCUCAGUGCAGUCGAUGCACAAGUUGCUAGGUGGAUCUUACACAAUGCUAUUCUUGGUCCUUUUAUGGACCAAAAGACUCGUAUUCUUUGCACCCACAAUGUACAGGCAAUUUCUUCUGCUGAUAUGGUUGUUGUAAUGGAUAAAGGACAAGUGACAUGGGUUGGAAGUUCAGUUGACUUGGCAGUUUCAUCAUAUCCAGCAUUUUCUCCCCAAAACGAAUUUGAUGCACUCUCUGAUGUUCAAGGGAAAGAACUGAGCAUGGCUGAUUCUAUUCAAGUCAGUCAUAGUCACCUUCCUGAGAGGGAGUCUAAUCAUGUUUCAGAGGAAGUACAAGAGAUCGUUGAGGCUGAGUUACGGAAAGAGGGCAGAGUUGAACUUGCUGUAUACAAGAAUUAUGCAGCAUUUUCUGGUUGGUUCAUCACAGUUGUAAUAUUUCUCUCAGCUAUUCUAAUGCAAGCUUCUCGUAAUGGAAAUGAUCUGUGGCUGUCAUUUUGGGUUGACACGGCAGGGAGCAGUCAGACAGAGUACUCAAUUUCCUUUUACCUGGUUGUACUCUGUAUAUUUUGCAUUAUAAAUUCCGCUCUAACAUUGGUAAGAGCAUUCUCCUUUGCAUUUGGUGGGUUACGUGCUGCAGUUCAGGUGCAUAAUACAUUGCUUAAUAAGCUUAUUGAUGCACCCGUACAAUUCUUUGAUCAAACACCAGGUGGAAGAAUACUUAACAGGUUUUCUUCAGAUCUCUACACAAUAGAUGAUUCUCUUCCCUUCAUCCUCAACAUUCUCCUUGCCAAUUUUGUUGGCCUGUUGGGAAUAGCAGUAAUUUUGUCAUAUGUGCAGGUCUUCUUCUUGCUUCUGCUAUUGCCAUUUUGGUUUAUCUACAGCAAGCUACAGUUCUUUUACAGAUCAACAUCAAGGGAACUGCGAAGGCUGGACAGUGUUUCACGUUCUCCAAUAUACGCAACCUUCACAGAGACACUCGAUGGAGCAUCCACCAUUAGGGCAUUCAAGUCUGAGGACUUUUUCAUGGAGAAAUUUAUUGAGCAUGUGACUUUGUAUCAGCGAACAUCUUACUCGGAGAUAAUAGCAAGUUUGUGGCUUUCCCUGCGUCUCCAGUUGUUAGCAGCAGUUAUCGUCUCAUUUGUUGCCAUGAUGGCUGUUAUUGGAUCUCAUGACUAUUUACCAAUCAGCUUUGGCACCCCCGGGCUCGUAGGUUUGGCUCUCUCAUAUGCAGCUCCAAUCGUGUCUCUAUUAGGAAGUUUCUUAACAAGUUUUACUGAAACCGAGAAGGAAAUGGUAUCUGUUGAGAGAGCUCUUCAGUAUAUGGACAUUCCCCAAGAAGAACUCAGGGGAUCUCAGUCUCUGAAUCUAGACUGGCCAUUUCAAGGAACGAUUGAGUUUCAGAAUGUUACGAUGAGAUAUAUGCCGUCUUUGCCACCUGCACUACGUGGAAUUAGUUUUACAGUUCCUGGAGGGAUGAAGGUUGGAGUUGUUGGGAGAACAGGUGCUGGCAAAUCUAGUAUUUUGAAUGCCCUUUUUCGCCUAACUCCAAUAUGCAGUGGUUGUAUUGUCGUGGAUGGCCUUGACAUAACUGAUGUUCCUGUUAGAGAUCUCCGUCCACGCUUUGCUGUUGUUCCUCAGAGUCCAUUCCUAUUUGAAGGGUCAUUAAGGGAUAACCUAGAUCCAUUCCAGAUGAAUAAUGACUUGAAAAUCUGGGAUAUUCUGGAGAAAUGCCAUGUCAAAGAGGAAGUAGAAUCAGCAGGCGGACUGGAUAUCCACGUAAAGGAAUCUGGAUCAUCCUUUUCUGUUGGGCAAAGGCAGCUCCUUUGCCUUGCACGAGCUCUUCUUAAAUUUUCCAAGGUACUUUGUUUGGAUGAGUGCACAGCCAAUGUUGACACUCGAACAGCUUCAGUACUACAAAGUACAAUAUUCAGUGAAUGCAGGGCCAUGACGGUGAUCACGAUUGCUCAUCGCAUUUCCACAGUUUUGAAUAUGGACAACAUCCUUGUUCUUGACCGAGGAAACCUGGUUGAGCAAGGUAACCCACAAGCUCUUCUACAAGACGAAUCCUCCAUAUUUUCAAGUUUUGCUAAAGCUUCAACAAUGUAGUUGUGGAACUUGGUGUGGUUCACAAUGCAAAAGCCUAAUUGAUACGAAGUCAUCACAUAAGGUUGUUUAGAAUGAAGCUAACCAUGCAUGAAUGAUGGACCUUGUAAUCUGGGAAUCGAGACUUGUUAGUUAUUGAUAAUUUUCUUUAUGGUCUUUUUUUGUUUUUUAAAUCCUUCGGAAUUGUAUUCCUUGCCUGAAAUAUUUCUUCUCUGUAAGUUGAGGGAAUGCCAAUAUUUUUCUAUUCAAUCCAAGUUAUACCGCUA